AUGCAAUUUGCCUACCUUCUGUUGGCUUUGCCAUACUUGUGCCUUGCCGCACCAAUUAGCAAUUAUGCUUCCAUUGAUGCCCGUGACGUUGAUUGCUCGCUGGAUGUUGCUGGGUGUGGAGGACACCAGGCUUACAAGCGAGAGGAGCUUGAUGCCCGCGACGUUGAUUGCUCACUGGAUGUCGCUGGGUGUGGAGGACACCAGGCUUACAAGCGCGAGGAGCUUGAUGCCCGCGAUGUGGAUUGCUCGCUGGAUGUUGCUGGGUGUGGAGGACACCAAGCUUACAAGAGAGAGGAACUUGAUGCCCGCGACGUUGAUUGCUCACUGGAUGUCGCUGGGUGUGGAGGACACCAGGCUUAUUGA